AUGUCUUGUCUCCAAUCAGUAGUGGCUCUCUCUACUACAGAAGCGGAGUAUAUAGCUCUUGCUGAGGCAGUGAAGGAAUCAUUUUGGCUGAAGGGGAUCCUUGGAGACUUUGGGGUUAAGCAAGAUUCUGUGGAGAUAAAAUGUGACUCUGCAAGUGCAAUCUGCCUGACUAAGCACCAGACUUUUCAUGAAAGGAGCAAGCAUGUGGAUGUGAGGCUUCAUUUCAUACGUGAUGAGGUAAAUAAGGGAGCAGUUAGGCUGACAAAGGUGUCAACGGAUGAUAAUGCUUCAGACAUGCUAACAAAGUUUCCUGAGAUGAAUGCCAACAAAGCUAUCUCUAUGGGGAUUCUUGUGGUCAAUGAUGGCAUAGCAUGCGGAGAAAAAGUGGCGGAGGUGCUUCGACACUGCAACCAUGAAGUUUUGCAUACUGGAACUGUUUACGACGCUCUACAUUCGAUAUGGGAGAACAAGGACAGGCUUGAUCUUGUUAUUACAAAUGUGCACAAGUUGGCAUCAGAAGGCGAAGCAAUCAUCCGAAAUAUCUACAAAAGGCUGAAAUUGAAGGUUUUUUUGAUAUGUACGGAUAAGAGGGCCGAGCCCAAAGACGAGCCGCUUAGUUUCUCUGCUUAUUUUUUGACUGGCUUGAGCUUAAAUGGUUUGAGUAAUUUUUUGGUGAAUCCAAAAGGAGUCAAGGAAGAGAAUAUGGGGACAGCAGCUAAUCAGCAAGAAAAUGUUGAAACAAACAAGGCUUCUUCCUCGAGUAAGGAUGCAACGCGCUUGAACCAGAAACGGAAGGCUGUGGAGCUGUACGAGGAGAGAUGUGACAACAACAACGGCGAUCGCAAUAAAGGGAAGAAGCAAAGGGUUACUUGGACAAAGGAAAUGCAUCAGAAGUUUGUGGAUGCCAUUGUUAGAUUGGGAAAUGACAAGGCUGUUCCCAAGAAAAUAGUCGAAGUUAUGGGCGUUCCGUGGCUUACCAGGGAGAACGUUGCCAGCCAUUUACAGAAAUAUCGUUGCUACACGAAACAGGAAAAUAUCUCGGGCUCACCUCCUUGCACUAGUACAAGGGCUGGCCUCAGAGAGUUAGGUGUUCUAACAUCACCUCUGAGUAACGAUCUCUUCUUCAACCCCAUAUCAGAUACGCAGUUGUGGGCAAGAAUCAGAGGCUCAUAUCUCAGUGAUGUGAGAAACAUGAUGCACGUCAGAGCAAAAUAUGGCUCAUCUUAUGACAACUCCGGCAACAGUGAAUUUGUGGGAUACAGAUUAAUUGGUAACCAAAUAGAUUAUGGCUCCACCAACAAGAUCAACAAAGUUCCAGAUUUUUCUACUACAGGGAGAUCACAAGAUCAAUCCACGAGCUACGUUCAACAGCACCGCUUUAUGGAUCCGAACACUGUUCAAUCAGCUAGCUACAUUCUGCAGCAAUCUUCUCUGUUAGGGAGUUCUUCAUCAAGAACUCAUGGCCAAGAAGCAGAAUUGCUCUCCUCGUACGCCCCAAAAAUCGAGAGCCAGCUCCAAGGCCCUCCAACUCAACAAACAGGAGAAUGCAGCAACUCUUUGCUGGACCAGCAGCAGCCUUGGGAUACCUCUGCGAACGCUGCUCCCUUCCACAAUCCAUCGACAGUGCUUCCUUCCGAUAAAGAUUUUGCGUUGCUGCCAGUGGAGGCAGGUUUCUCCGAACAAACUUCGGGGGGAUACCUUGAUGAUAUAUUGCAGCAGAAUUGUUCUUCUCCUGCUCCUCCACCAGCAUCACCACCACUAGCGGUGGAAGAUAUUUUUGAGCAAGGUGGAAAUUAUGACUAUCUGUUUAAUGGAAUAGGAAACACAUACGACCAGUUUGAUAUACAAGAAUUUGAUGAGACCCUUUUUAGUCAAGAUGAUUAG